CAUCCCCCAAGCAGCAGCUUGUUCUGCAGGAAACCGCGCCUGGAGGGUAAAGAUCGCUGUCCUUGUUAACCGAAGUUACUGGAAGCACUGGGGUUUCCUGGUCCAUGGAACAGGACUGCUUUCUGCAGAGUGCCCCGCCCCGUGCGAUGUCACUGCGCUCAGCUGAUUUAAGGACCACAGGGUAGAGGUCUCCACUCUGGACCCAGGACAUCAGCUCUGACUCCAGGAGACGGGGCGCCCUGCGGGCUGCGGAGGACAGACUCCAGCGGUUUCCUGGAGGUUCCAGCAAGACACCAUCUCACCACUUGCUGCUCUAGAGCUCAGCCUUUGGCCAGGAAAAGAUUUCAGCUAAAGGCGGAGAAGAUGAGUUUCCUGAAGGAUUUGGAACUGAACUUUGCGGAAUGUAUACAAGAUGGAGGAAAAGCGACCCUUGGGGUUAGGCAAAGGGUGGAAAUGGACGCCACACAUCGCAUGAAACAGAACGAAACCAUCUCGCAAGCUGUGUGCGCUCUGCUGAAUUCCGGCGGCGGAGUGGUCAGGGUUGAGAUUGAGAACGGAGACUAUAAUUUUGAGAGGGAUGGAGUUGGCCUGAAUCUGCCACCAUUGUUCAGAAACCAUUUAGACGAGAUGCUGCAUGGAAAGCUCUUUUUAAUAUAUGUGAGUUCGUGGGACGUGGCAGCCUCGCACGUGCGGCUCGCUACCUUGUGUUCCAAUUUGUACCACAGAUGUGGAACAUUAACUGAGGUCAUGGAUCCUGAAGAAGCCCUGGAAUUCCUUAGAAGGGUCCAGGAUCCUAGGAUUCCUGGUGACUCUGACUCGCUAAAUCUACAGGAAGCUCCUGUUGGUGACGAUCAGAUGAUCUUAGCUUCUGCUUUGUUUCAUAGCCCGCAGCUCCAGUACCUGGAAAAACUCAACUUCAAAGAGUCCUCACACGUUGAAUUUCAAAUGUUCUCGGCAGACCUUUCACAGGGCAUUAGAGAGAGACUUCCCAAGUGUGUUUCUGCACUUGCCAAUUCUGAAGGGGGCUAUGUGUUUUUUGGUGUGCAUGAUAAGGAACGUCAAGUCAUUGGAUGUGAAAAGGAAAAGAUAAAUUGUACCAACUUGAAAUCUACUAUUGAUGCCUGUAUCAGGAAGAUGCCCGUCUACCACUUCUGUGGACAAAACUACAAAGUGCAAUAUGACCUUAAAUUCCUUGAAGUGUAUGAUAAGGAGGCCCUUCAUGGGUAUGUCUGUGCAAUCAAGGUAGAACGAUUCUGCUGUGCAGCAUUUGCCAAAGCGCCCGAUUCCUGGGAGAUAAAGGACAAUAAUAAGAAGCCACUAACUGCGAAUGACUGGGCCUUUCGGAUGAUAGAAACCAACCCAGACCUUUCCAGUUUCCCUCAGAUGAUCCCCAGGAAGAGUAUGUUAAACACCACACCCUGCAGCAAGACCGUGUUUACACAUAAAUAUUUGAAAUGUGUGGAAGACCUGCAGAAGGAUUACUUUCCAGUGUCACCCAACAGGAUUACAUAUACUCCAGAGAGCGUCUACAAGGACCUCUUCUCAGAUUACAAAGGUCUAAGAAACUUAAUAAAUGUGGAAAUGCGCUGUUUCUCUCAAGGGAUAUUGAUCUUCUCCCACAGCUGGGCUGUAGAUCUAGGUCUUCAGAGGAGGCAAGACGUCAUCUGUGACGCUCUUCUAAUUUCCCCGAACAACGUUCCAAUCCUGUACACCAUUUGCAACAAGUGGGAUCUGGGGAACAGGCACUAUUCCAUGACAGUCGCCCGUACCCUGAAGCAGAAGCUGGUGAAUGUGGGUGGCUACCCUGGAAGAUUAGGCAUCAUUCCCUUGGUCUUACCACUGGGUUCUCACCAAAGAGUAAGGAAUGACUUAGAAAUGCCGGUUUACCCCGAAUCCUAUAACUUCAUAACCACACAGCAGGUGGAAGCUCUGUUGCAAUCUCUUGUGAUCAUCUUGUUUGGAUUCAGACCCCUGUUAAAGGAAGAGUUAAACUUUGAGUCUGAUACUGUGGCCCUGCUCUCAGACCAACAGUAUGGGUUGCUUUCAACUAACCUGAGCAAGCACAGAGAGAUGUUUGUUCACGGCUUACCUGGAUCAGGGAAGACCACUCUAGCUCUCAUGAUCGUGGGGAAGAUUAGGAAUGUGUUCAACUGUCAAGCUGACGACAUUCUUUACAUCUGUGAGAACCAGUCUUUGAAGAGGUUCAUUGUGAGGAAAAACAUUUGCCAGGCAGUGACACGGAAAACCUUCAUGAAAAAUACCUUUAAUAACGUGCAACAUAUCAUCGUGGACGAAGCUCAGAAUUUCCGAACGGAGGAAGGAAAUUGGUUCGCAAAGGCCAAAGCCAUCACUCAGAGAGUGAGAGAUGGCCCAGGAGUUCUCUACAUUUUCCUGGAUUACUUUCAGACCAGUCACUUGUGUUGCAGUGGCCUCCCUGAGCUCCAACACCAGAAACCAUUAUUGAAGCUCACUAGAAUGCUCUGCAGCGGAGACAAAAUAACCAGCUACCUUCAGGAUAUAAUGCAUCAAAUCAGAGCAAAUCCUCCCCCAAAUGUCCCCCAAGAAGCCCUGAUGGUGGGUGAACCACUUGAAUGGGGUCCAGAUGUCACAGGCAACUUAGAGAUUAUUGAUAACUUGAAUUUGGAGCAGAUGUCAGUCUAUGUAGCAGAGAAAUGCCAGUGUCUUUGGAGGUCUGGCUAUUACCUCAAGGAUGUUGCUGUUCUUUUCACUAGAGCCAGAGAUAUAGAAAAAUGUAGAGACAAGCUUCUGCUAGCAAUGAGGAGGCGGUCCAUGUCUCAGCUCGCUGAGGAACCCAGUUUACUAGUGCAGGUCAGGGAGGGGUUGGAUAGUCUGGGUAGUCAUGUCGUGUUGGAGAGUGUCCACCGAUUUUCAGGCAUGGAAAGAAGUAUUGUGUUUGGGAUCAUUCCAAUGGGAUUUGAGACAGCCAUUUCCUACAAUGCUCUGCUCUCUCUGGCUUCCAGGGCAAGGACACAUCUAUAUAUUUUAAAGGUUGUGUUUUGAUAGGAAGAUGCCAGUUUUCAGUUAGCUAGGGUUGGUCUCUAGCUGUCUUUGAAGGUCUUUGAUCUAAACAUUUAAGCACCAAAAACAUUUCAUGUACAGUCAGCCACACUCAGGGCAAGCAAAUAUGAGUAUGGGGGAUUUAGACAGUAGGAAGAGACAGCAGAGCAAUUAGCUGGCACUGAGAUAUCCUCUCUCUCUCUCUCUCUCUCUCUCUCUCUCUCUCUCUCUCUCUCUGUGUGUGUGUGUGUAUCAGGAAGGACUGGUUGUUUGAGGUAGGGAGGAAAGAGCCAAUCAUGAGAUGACUGCUGAGUUCUGGUAGACUCAGAUAUUGUCCUUGUUUGUAACACAGCUACCUGCAGAAAUGCUUGAUCUUGGUGUGUGGAGAGAGCAUGAAGGAUGGAGGGAGAGAGUGUGUCCAUCUUUAGCAGGACAUAGUUUGAAAUGUAAGUUCACAAACUGCAAGCUAUAAUUUCAGGGUGAGUCCAGUUCAGUUUAGCUUGUCGAGUUACUUCCUGUUUUGCCUUUCAUGGGCAUUACUGUUUCUGAUCUUUGCUUUCUACAUGACGUGUUCAUUCAGAAUCUCUCCCUUUGACUCCACUUUAAUACGAUUCCUGCGGAGACCCAGAGUUACUACCGUCAAAGCGCCAAAGUGUGGGUUCAGUGGUUUGGAAGGUAGAGGGCCUAAGAGGAAGAAUGUACAAAGUCUAAGCUUGGCAUCACUCCACAUUUAAUUUAGUAACCACAGUAUGCAAACAUAAGUCAAAUAUCUCUGCUCUCUGUGCGCUCGCCAGUUCAACCAGCCUUUGGAAGGCCGUUGCUGAAAAAAUACUCAUUUGUCAUUUACUUUAGGUCUCUGUAUAGUCCUGGCUGUCCUGGAACUCACUUUGUAGACCAGAAUGGCCUCGAACUCAGAAAUCCGCCUGCCUCUGCCUCCCGAGUGCUGGGAUUAAAGGCGUGCGCCACCACGCUCGGCUUCUCUGAAACUCAAUAUUUAGAGCCAAACAGAGCAAACUUUUCUGGGAGAUACAAACAAACAGUAAUCCAGAGUUCAUUUCCAGGGAUGAUUUGCAGAAGCAAAUCAUGAAAACUUAAGGAAAAUGAAAAAACAUAGAGAGUAUGACAUAAAUUGAAUAACUUGGAGAAAAAAAAAUCACACAUUCUAAUGGGUGGAUCGGAACCUACCAUGUUUAUCAGAGAAUGUGUGGGUAUGGGUGAGUGUGGGUGUGGAUAAUAAUCAGAAAAAAAAAAGACAAAGAAGCUUGGGGAAAUGGAGGGCUGGAGAGUAGGGCAUCAGGACACAUGUGCUAUGAAGCAGAAAGGAUGCUGUGGGGGAGAUGGAAGUGGAGGCACAGGGGAGGGCUCAGGGAGGGGAGGGGCACAGAUAUUAGCAAAAUACUGUAAAAAAAUAAACUUGAACAUAGAAUUGGUUUGCUUUAGGCAUCUAGUUACAUUCUUAGAGAAUUUAUAUCAAAGAAAUUUACUUCUAGCCAGGAAGUGAUGGCACACACCUUUAACCCCAGAACUCAGAAGGCGGAGGCAGGUGGAUCUCUGAGUUGGAGGCCAGCC